AUGUUCAGAAUCAUCUACGGAGGAAUGUUGUCCGAGAGAGUGAUGGCUCCACAGUGUUCAGUCGACCGUUGCGAUGCCCUAUGCCCUGCAUCUGCUCCGACGCUUCUGCAGAGGAAUGUUGGUGGUAAGAUUCUUGCUGAAACAGCAAUAAAAAUAAUAUGCUGGACAGGAGGGGUGGUUGCUCUUGCUCAUCCAUGGGUUUUGAACAACCCCGUUUCUGUAGUUAGAAACCUUAAAGAGGCUGGCUUUCAUGGCAUUGAAAUCUAUACACCUCAUGGAAAAGCAGAUGAUCAUAUUUUGGCUUCAUUGUCCAUCACUCAGCAAUGAGGACAAGGAGGAGGAAAAAAAAGCAAAACUCUAAAGAGGAUAGUGCAAACUAAUUCCUCAACUUAAUUUUAAAAAUCUCUCACUAUGAUUGUAAUAAUUCUUUGCAGCAAUAGCUCACGAUAUUGCCGAGCAAACUUUAAUUUUACUGUUGUACUUUCAAAUCAAUUACUGAAAUCAGUAAACUUAUUUGUCUAUUGAUAUGUAAAUGGAUUUGUUGUUUAAUAAAAAAUAAAUUAUUUGGGAGGGGUUGAAUUGGCCCCCUCCUAAG